AUGAGAGAAGGCCGGCUGGGAGGAGCGUUCUGGACUGUCUGGGCCCCCUGUUACGACGUGAUCGACGAAGACCCUGGGCUCGACUUCAACACCCCCACGAAUCACCUGCGAGACUCCCUCGAGAUGCUCGACAUUAUCCAGAACAUGAUCGCCUGGCAUCCCGAGAAUCUACAUAAAUAUCCAAACUUAGUUGCCGAGCUUCUCUCCCGAGGUUGGACGCCGGAAGAGAUGCGUGGUGUUUUGGGAGGCAAUCUCAAGGAUCGAUUGCCCUCAUCUGCCAUCUGGGAGAAGAGAAAGGACCUGCACUCGACGCGAUGGGGUGGAGGCGUCCAAGUAUACUGGCCGAAAGACGUCAAGGAGGCAGCGGAGAGGAUUAUGAUACGACAUGAUGAGCUGUAA